AUGAAUCGUUCUUCGCUCGGGAAGAUUGAAGCUGGUGCUCGAGGCAUGUUGGUGUCGAUGGCGUCCUGUUUUGCGCAUGGGGUCGGAUCAGGCCGCAGCCAAGCCGGAAGGCACGAGUUUGGAAAUUACCUGCCUGUUUCUACAGGGUUGUGCCAUCUCGUAUCAGCAAUGCUGUGGAAACCAGACUCAAGCUGCACGAGUACGACACCUUUGGUUAUUGAGGGGAUAUCAGGCUCGCUGCCGUUUGUUGUUGGUAUCUGGUUCGACUUGAUCGAGUUCUGCAAGCCGCUUCAGCACAGUCUUCUGUUUGCGAACAUGCUCGUUGCAGUGGGGAUGCUUGUACAGUUGCCGUUUCGAUCCGUAGUCCCGCAAGCAGACGAUAUAAGCUGCCAGAUCUUGAUCGGCCUCUUCUGUGUUGUCGUAGUGAUACUCCGUCGAUGCAUCAGCGACACGUCGAACCUUCAAUUAAAUAAUUUCGAUAGCAACCCUGGACUGUGGUUCGCUCUUCACGUCCUUGCCGCCCACAAAGAAGUUCGAUGUGCGCCUGUUGGGUUGCUUGUGAUGACCAACAUUUCCAAAGCCGGGUCUUCGAAGGGAAUGAUUGGCGACAAAUGAGUCAUGUGGGUACUGUCUGUAUCAUUGCUGGGAACAUCCUCAGUCCAAUAGCAGCGAGGUCAUUUUUGACUUGUGCUGCUGUGGGGCGGCCAUCUCGUUCGGACCUCAAUAUCGAACUUAUGAGACUUAGCAGCUCCAAUGAGCAGUCUUAUGCAAUUUCCAUGAGCUUGACAUCCUCCAAUAUUGUCGGGUCCUCCAGGGCGCACAAUCGGUGCAGGAUACAUCCAAAAGCGUACACGUCCAACUUCUGCGAGAAAGCGGCCUGGUAACCUCAAAUCUCUGGUGCUUCGUACCCCAGCUUUCCUCGACCUCCGGUAAUGCGUAAGUAAGAGUUUGCAUUUGGCUUGCAAUGCCAAAGUCUGCAACACACAGGUCUGGUACAUCUCGUUGCGUUAAUGGGUUCCAAGGCUCUUUCAACAAGACGUUCAUGAGCUUCAUGUCCUGGUGCAAGA